AUGCCAACACAACCAGAGCCACCUGACAAAUCAACAAACAGAUUCGCAAUACUAAGCCAAUUUGACGACACCGAUUACACAUUUCCCACACUUACACAUAAACAAACACCACUUAACCAACCCAAAUACAUAACAAUUACAGCAGCCAACAAUGAACUACAAAAACUAAGCCCAUUCGUAAUAAAAAGAGCAAUAGACUCAAUAUCAACUCAAAUAGAAAACGUAAAGCAACUCAAAGACGGAUCAUUGCUUAUACUGACACUUAACUCAAGAGUAGCUGAGCGGUUUUUAAAAGUGAAAACACUCGGUAAUCUAUGCCCGGUGACAGUCAAAUACCAAGACAAUCUAAACACAAUAAACGGAGUAACUUAUGCGCCCUGCCUAAAUUUUGUAAGCGACGAGGAAAUCAUACAAGAAUUAAAAAGUCAAGGCGUAAGAAACGUAUACAAAUUCACACGCACAUUUGAAGGCAAAGCAACUCCUACUGGAAAAAUUGUAUUAUCUUUCGAUCUUUACCACCUACCCAAAGACAUUGAUAUGGCAUGGUACAAAGUUAAAGUCACACCGUACUACCCUACCCCUAUGCGUUGCAAAAACUGCCAGCUCUUGGGGCACACAAAAACACGGUGUACUAAUCCUGCCACGUGUGAAGGCUGCAACCUUCCACCUCACUCCCCAACUGACUGUUCGCGCAAACAAUGCGCAAAUUGUGGCAACAACCACGCAUCAUCAGACAAAGAUUGCCCUAGAUUCAAACAAACCCAAGAAAUCCUAAAAAUAAAGACAACUGCUAAAUGCUCAAUGGGAGAAGCACGUCGUAAAUACAAUGAAAAAAACGAACCACAAAGAAUCCCAAAACAUACUUACUUAGACAUCACCAAAGGAAACAAACAAACAUCCACCAACAAGCCACCACCAACGCCUCCAACAGAAACCACAAGCAUUGCUAAACGCCCCGCUUCAUCCCCACCGACUAAAAUUAAUCAAAACAAAUUACAAAAAACCCAAAUAUCGCCCAAAAAAACUAACCUAAGCAGCACUAGUAACACAACAACAAUUAAAAAAUCCAUUUCAAACAAACUCUCUGAUCACUAUGAUAAUUCACAAACCUCAACUUCACAACUCACCAACAACUUACCUGAAAACAAUAAUACUAUCUCACCAUGCACCAAAAUAACUCAAGAGCUACUAAAUAAAAAUGAAUAUUAUAUGGCCCUUUCUGACUCCGAAGAAGAACCUAAAUUAUAA